GAUGUUGAAUAAGUCUGAUUUGGUAACCAUGCUUCAACAAUGUGUGGAAAUUUUUGAGUCAUCUUCUGGAAAGGAGUUUGAUAAAACAGUAGAGAAGUUGAAGGAGUUCUUGACCCAGUUUCAGAAACUAGAAGAAGCUUUCCAAGAACGAGAUGUGUCCGUAUCGUCACAAAAGGAGCUCCAGAAGAAGACAGACCUUUAUCAUCUUCAGAAGACUUUGUUGGAGUUGAAGGAAUCAAGGCGAUCUAAGAAACUGACAAAGUUUGAAAUGCUUCGUUUUGAAGUUGUUGACUAUAUAGACAGUCUUGUAAGAAAUUACCUUGUUCCUGCAGACCACAAGACUCUGCAUGAGAUAGCAUAUUUCAACACAGCCAGUGUUCUCCGUGGGCGCUUGAAUGCUGCCCCAAGGAUUGCACUUCAUACAGCUUUAAAUAACCCAUACUGCUACCUGAAGAACCAAGCUUUGAAAAGUGAUGGAGGAAGCAUUUCUAAUAAAGCCCCUGACAUAUGCAUAGUGUAUAAGCUUCAUCUGGAGUGUGGCAGAUUGAUUAAUCUUGUUGAUUGGUUAGAGGCUUUCUCAACUGUGGUGAUGGCAGCUGAGGGACCAAAUGCAGAUGCAGCUUCCUCAGACCAGGUGGAUGAUAUUAUCCAUGCUCGUUUUAUUCGAGCUGUUUCUGAACUGGAACUCUUAGGCUUCAUAAAGCCUAGCAAGCAGAAAACCGACCACGUGGCAAGGUUGACAUGGGGAGGCUGUUAAUGGGCCACUGAGGUCUUAAUAAACCCGUUCUUUGUAAC